AUGCCAUCAUUUAAGGAACGUUUUCGUUCACCUAGUAAAUAUAAAAAGAACAAAGACACAGACCCAUCGAGUACCGAUGACUCUUCUAACGCUGUUGCUGCGGUUUCCGUUGCUAGUACGGCAUCAACACCUAGUAGUCACGUACUAACAACAGAUAAAAUAUCAUUAACACCAACAACAUCAGCAAUAGCGGCAGCAACAUCAACGACAACUGUCGAUAAAACUAUUAAUGAACAUACCGGCUCUGUGGCAGUAGCAAUUUAUCAUUUUCGGUAUUCAACGGAUUCAUGUGAGUAA